AUGGCGCAAAAUGCACCAUCAGAUAAACAAGGAGUUGAUCUGGCUUCGAUUCUCAUUGUUAAACGGUACUCGACUAGCAAUGCGGUUAAUACAGUGAUCGGCUGCAAGGAUUUUGUCGAGAGGGUUCCAUCAGGGAUACGGUCGCACUAUGCACUGGCGAGUUGCACAUAUGCCUACCCCCGUCAAUAUGCUGGAAACUUGACCCGGCGCAACAGAACGACAAACCCAAGCAACUCGCCAAUCACACCCUGCCACUUCUCGAUACGGAGUGUCUCGUGCCUGGCCUCCACAGCCCCAACGCCUCAGGAACUCCGUGCGGGUGCCUCCCCGAAACCUCGCCUCCCAUUACCUGUUUUGUGGCCUGAUGAACCCUCCACCAGUUCUGCGUUCGCAUUCGACACUUAUUCACACAGCCCUUUCUCCUCGUUUCAUUUCGGCCCUCAAAAUAGAAAGAAAGCCCUCUUCAUGCUGGUCGAUCCAAGCAAGGCAUUGCCUCCGUCCCACGUGCACCCUCCCCGAAGAAGUGCAACAUCCGCCCUCGCACGUUGCGCCACGGGAAAGCGUCCCGUUUCGAGCGCAGGGACAUCAACUGUGGUCGAGUAUGUCGGCAAUUGA